GGUUUAUAAGAGGCAUUAGAUAACUCGAAGAACACUUGCUCUCAUAGUCGGCUUCUUAUCGUCAUCAACACCGCAUGCGGUGAUUACAACGAGAGGUUCGACAAAAUCAAUAAAUCAACGCGUGUUGAUAGCAAAAGAGAGUCGCUGUGGGGUUAUUUCUUGUUUUCCGAGCUCAGCUGCGUUCAAGUCAUUGUUAGAGUUUAGUAAUGCCUGUGAUCGGUACUGGAGGUAGACGUGUUUAAGUUCUCAAUUGGCGGCGGUUAAAGAACUCGUUUAAUAUUUAAAUUGAUUGCAGCUGUUAUUGUUGUUCAAAUAAUGAGCAAAAUGUUGCAUUUAACCAACGCAUUUGCGAUUGCAUUGCUUACGCUUUUUUACACUGUGCCCAACAUUUCCGCGAUUAGCUAUGGUCGCUGCGGCUCACCAUUCAAUGGCAACGGUACCUGUGUGCAGUUAAUCGAGUGUCAAUUUAUUAUGGACAUAGUUUCCGGGUCGUUGAAUGCCGAAACUCAGAAAAAACUGAGCGAUAGUCAAUGUGGAUAUGACAACACUUUCAAAGAUAAUUUGCACAGAAUUGUGGUUUGUUGUCCAGAUAAACACUUGAAAGAGCCAACUCCACACCGGAGCAUACUCCCCACCGAGAGGCAAGAAAGCCCUGGAAAUGUUUUACCUUUUGCUGGUGAAUGCGGUAGUGCGAUUACAGACUUUAUAUAUGGCGGUAAUAAGACACGUAUUUUAGACUAUCCAUGGAUGGCCUUACUUCGAUAUAAAACACGUAAUAAUGAACUUGAUUUUCUAUGCGGUGGCAGUUUGAUCAAUUCCCGUUAUGUGCUCACGGCCGCACAUUGCAUAAGUCGAAGCAAUUCGAACAAUGAACCAGUCUUGCAUAGUGUUCGAUUGGGUGAAUGGGACAUCAGGACCAACCCCGACUGUGAGGUGGACAUAAACGGCAAGGAGUCUUGCGCACCGCCAUUCAUUGAGUUGGGCAUAGAAAAGGCAAUAGCACAUCCCAACUAUGUAAGCAGCUCAAAUGAACAGUACUACGACAUAGCUUUACUGCGUCUGGAGCAGAGUGUGACAUAUACCGAUUUCAUACGUCCGAUCUGUUUGCCGGCGUCUACCGAGUUUUGUAACAGCAUGUUCGUGAACAGUACAAUGGAAGUGGCUGGCUGGGGAGCCACAAAUAAACCCAAAGCCGCCUCAUCGCCAGUGAAACUGGCUAUUAGUGUGGGGAUCUGGGAGACGGAUAAGUGUAAAAUCAUUUAUAAGUCGUCUAAUCGCUUAAUCAAUGGCACGCACCAAUUGUGCGCUGGUGGCGUAAGUGGAAUCGAUUCGUGUCGGGGUGAUUCUGGUGGACCAUUGAUGAUGCCUGAGUUAAUAAAUAAUCGCUUUAUUUAUUUUGUGGCAGGCGUUAUUUCCUUUGGUCCCAAACCAUGUGGUUAUAACGGUUGGCCAGGUGUUUAUGCGCGCGUAGGCAACUACGUGGAGUGGAUAAAAGGUGCCAUGGAGCCCUUGCUGGUGAGUUAUGGCGUUUGCAAUACACCUCUCGGGUUUCCAGGUCAUUGCGUACCGUUGUCGGACUGCCCAAGUCUAUACAAUCUACUCGCCCAAGCCAAUGAAGACAAUGAUAUCUUUAAUCAUUUGCGUAAUAGCUUCUGCGGAUCUGACGUUAAUGCCACUUCGGGACCGGAUAGGACACGCGUCUGCUGUCGAGAUAAUCCAAAUGCUGAAAACAAAGAUAAGGAAUCGGGUAAAAUGUUGCCAGAACCAGGUACUUGCGGAAUCACUUUUAAUAUGCGAAUUUUCGGCGGCGUAGAAUCCCAGGUGGAUGAGUUUCCUUGGUCGGCACUGAUAAAGUAUCAGAGACCAUACAAUGCCACAGCACUGAACUGUGCCGGCGUGCUUAUCAACCAACGCUAUGUGCUCAGCGCAGCUCACUGUCUUAGGAAUCCGAGCAUACCGACCACGUGGAAGCUUGACAGCGUACGCCUCGGUGAGUGGGAUACCAGAACAGAUCCAGAUUGUUAUGAAACUGCCGAUGGCAAUAGAAACUGUGCACCUCCAUUUGUGGAAGUGAAGAUCGAACGUAUUAUCGUCCAUGAGAAGUACAUACCACAUUCUCAAUCGGAAUUAUAUGACAUCGCACUAAUACGCAUGGCGGCCAACGUUAACUAUUCGGAGACCAUAAAACCUAUCUGUCUGCCACUUUCCAACGAAUUACGGCACAUGACAUUUAUAAAUGAAUAUGCCGAUGUGGCUGGUUGGGGCCGCACAGAGGUGAGCCCCUACAGUGCUGUGAAAAGGACGAUCUCACUGCUAAUUUGGGAUACGGACGCGUGUGCGCAAAGGUUCCAAACCAUACAAAUUCCAGUGAAUAAGACGCUGCAGUUGUGUGCGGGCGGACAGCCGAUGCAGGACACAUGUCAGGGGGAUUCCGGAGCGCCGCUGACGAUGCGUGGUCGUCUGAUGAAUUCACCACACUUUGUGGUGGGUAUUGUAUCGUUCGGUAUGCAGCCUUGUGGUAUGGCUUCUUGGCCAGGCAUUUACACGCGCGUCACAUACUAUGUUGACUGGAUUUUGAACAAUCUGGAGGAUUAACUUGUUGGCGCUAUAUGUGAAGACAACUCGGGGCAUGUAUGUGUGUGUAUGUAUGUAUGUGAUGUGUGUGUGUCUGCUUUUAUAGAUACGCCAAAGGUGGGUGUAAAUCUUCAAAAAGAUAUUGUUGGUACGGGCCAACAAUAAUGCUUGAUUUACGGUACGAGGUUUGUACAGCGCAUACGUGCUAAAACUCGUCCUUCCCCACAGAGCUGUAUUUCCCUGCGGAACUACCUGUAGGUUUUCCUUCGCAGGGCAGGCAUUGUUUGCAGCUUCUCGGGACUGCGCUCUCGGUCUUACAGCGAUUUCAUCUUCACGUACCUUUUGCAUAAAUUUACUAUUAUCUCCCAUACAAUAUCCCAUGCUAGAUAGGAAGUUAGCAUAAAAUUUACUACGUCUCUUAAACAUAUGAGUAGGGGGUUUCCUAAUUAGUCGGAAAGUAUUUGCCUUUCCUUUUGGAACAGCGGACACAUUCUACCACUACGUGAUCUGCCGUUUCGAACAGUUUUCGCAGUGCAUGGAGAAAGGAGAGUCUAGAAGUAGAUAACCAAAUUGGCGCCGCGUAUAGAAUGACCGAACUACGGACACUGCUUUACGACUACUUGUCUGGGGCCUCAAUUAUGGGGCAUUAUUUUAGCAAUUGCCGACGCAGAUCUCGCCGCUUUGGUGUGUGUGGUUAUUUGGUGCUGCUUGAAUUAAAGACUAUGAUCCAGAAUUACUCCAAUAUAUUUGAGAUGUAGGCCCGAUUUUAUGGUAUGCCCAUCAAUACAAAUCUUAAUUUUUCCACUCUUUUACGACUACUUAUUAAUACUACUUCAUUAACAUUGAUAAUGCUUUCACUACACAUGUUCUUCGCCUCGUCAAGAGUUUUCGCUACAACUACGACCGCAAUGUCGUCCGCAUUUCCUAUUAUCUUUACCGGCAUCGCGACUCACAGACUCGUUCCAGAGUACAGAGCCGAGAACUGCGGAACACCCCUGUAACUUUGUACGAUUCAGGUAAAAAAUUCUGUGUCCAAUACUAGUACUCUGCUUUCAAAAUAGCUUGCCCCAAUUCGUAUAAGAUAGUCAGGCUCUCGCUGAGUUGAAGGCGUUUUUAAUGUCCAAAGUAAUGACUACACAGUACUGUUUGUCAAUGCUUUUUCAGCUAUUUUGGUGACAGUAUUUAUAGUAUUCACUGUGCUUUGUCCUUUUCGGAAACGGAAUUGUAUAGGAUGCAACCCGGAAUCUCCUUCCGUGUAUUUUUCGACCCGCUCACAACUAAUUGUUUCAAAUAUUCAAAUUUCCAGCUGUAUCAAGCAUACUUAUAUGUAUAAGGGCUGAUAUGACGAGGGUUCUUCCGGAGGUUUAUCAUCUUUGGAGAGAAGAACGAGACGUUGACGCUUCGAAUAUUUAGGAAAGAUCCCUUCCUUUAGGCAGCUUGUGUAUGCGUUUUGAAAAAAAGUUGGCUUUUCUUGAAUGAUAUUGAGUAUUCCGUCUAUGCUGGGUGUUUUACCAAUCUUAAUUCUCUUCACCGCAUAUUGUAUUUCGCCAUGCGAUACUUCAGUGAUUUCUUCCCACUUAGUUUGAAGAAUUGGCAGGUUCGCAUAUUGGAAAAAACUAUGGACUAUUUUAUGUAAAAUUGUGGGAAAUAUAGGUUAUUUCUACCUAUUCUUCAUUACUAUUCGGCAGGCUUUCCCCCAAGAGUCGUUUUCUACCUCUGAAAUAAUCUGGUUAAAUGCAUUUUUUUUACUGCUGGCUUUGGAUUUAUGCUGUUAUUUCAUUUUUUCCGAAAGUUCAUGAGGAGUUCCGCGAAGUCACCUCUUCCUCUAGCCCGUUGUUGCCUACGUCGAAACUUGAGACAUUCGGCUUUCAUUGAGCGAUUUUAUCAAACCACCUGUACAUUGGAGAACACACACAUGAUUUUAGCUAUUUGCCUCGCUAUAUCGCAGUCGCUCUAAUCUUCGCUGCUCUUGAAGAACCUUUCCGGCCCAGUGCUUAACGUAGCUCCACAACUGUUUUGACAUCAACAUAUGUGGCACCAUUUUAUCUGGCAUUAUUCUCUCAGAAAUUUGCGUUUCUAAAAUCGUCCUAUCCAUGUAUCUCAUACUUUGGACAGUGGAAAAAGACAUGUUCAGAUCCACUCUCUAAAACAGCCAUGAUCACUUAGUAUCUGCGUCAAGUAAAAAUCAACGUCGCCAUGCUUUCUGCUAACCCAGUUUUCAACAUUUGGAAUCAACCUGUGCGUCCAUCGUCUUUGGGCACUGAAUUCCAUAGCGAUUCCUAUUCUUUUAGACACUGCUGCCUUUCUUCCUCGCGCUCUUUAGCUGUUACUUUUGAUUUUUUCGUACACUCUCUUUAACGCCAUUAUUUCAGUAAGCAUUAUGUCUGAAAACACACCUACAGCUGCGUGAGACACCGUUGGCCACUCUGAGUGCACUUAACCGGAAUAAGGAUCUAACUGGUUUCGUAAGCGUUUUUUUGCUUUAUCACGUUAGCCCACACUGGCGCUGCGUAUAUGUGCAUGUAUGUGAUGUGUGUGUGUGUGUGUGAGUGAGUAUAAACAAUAUAUUAUUGUUUGACGAAAAUAUUGUAUUUAUUUUGCUUUAUUAUACAUUCGUAGCUAAAUAAAAUAAAUUAAACUAUUUGUGUAAACAAA